GAAUAACUUCCUGUCUGUCCCGGAAGUAGUUAGAUAUUGAGCAACAGAGCUAGCCGUGUGAUUUAUGUUGUGAAAAGGACGCUUAAAACCAAAAUGUCAGAUCAAACGAUAACAGUGACAGUUGCAUACGGAUCAACUAAGCACAGCAUCACAUUAACUGGACAGGAUGAUGGCAAGGGCCCCAUUGUCAAAGACCUCGCAGAUGCUCUCACCCAAGCUACUGGAGUUCCUCAAACUUCACAGAAACUCAUCUUUAAAGGAAAAUCGUUGAAGGACGUAGAGGAGAGUCUGUCCAGCUAUGGAAUAAAAGAAGGCUGCAAACUCAUGAUGAUUGGAAAGCGGAACAGUCCUGAGGAGGAAGCUGAACUGAAGAAGCUGAAAGACAUUGAAAAGUCUGUGGAACAGACAGCUAAAAAGCUGGAGAAGGUAGACGGGGAGUUGACUGGUCUCAAGAAUGGCUUCCUGGCCAAAGACCUUCAGGCAGAGGCGUUGGGUAAACUGGACCACAGAGUGAAAAUUGCAGCUGAACAGUUCAUGAAGAUCCUGGAGCAGAUCGAUGCUUUGAGUAUCCUAGAGAAUUUCAAUGACUGCAAAAUUAAGAAAAAGGGACUUGUAAAGAUGGUGCAGGAUUUCCUGGCCCAGUGUGACAAGAUCGAGGCUUGUAUAGCAGACCACCUAUCAAAGAUCCAGUCAAAAAAUCUUGCCCUGGCAGAGUAGAGUCACAAAGUCUCACAUAUCAUGCUAUACAUUGCUCUGUGAGCAACCGCAAAGUGUACAAAAAGCGUCAAGUGUGGAUGUGAUUAUUGUCUAUUUAUUGCUGGAUUGAUGUGUAUGAGAGAGCGCUCAUCACAGACGAUCCUGUGAAGGAGGUUGGUUAUUGGCGCUUACAUCUGGGACACGUUCUCUGGGUUAAAGAGGUAUACGGGGGUGUGCUCCUCAAGAUAUUGUAACCACAGUCACACUGUGAAAAGAUCAGAUAAUUGUGAACUGCCAUGACCAAAUGUCAAAUAUUCCACGAUGAUGUCCAAAAAAGAUUGCUAAAAUUCAUCAGUUCAUCAUCCAGUAUCUCACAAACUAUACAAUUACUCAUUGUGAUGUAUCAACUGUGCAGUGUUCCAUGUGGCAUGUUGUACACACAUGGCCAAAAGUAUGUGGACAUUAA